CGAUGGAGCCUUUUUUUUUUUUUCUCCAUUUCAAGUGCGAGUUGCGCAACUCAAAGGCGAGGCCAGAUCGAUAAGAAAACGCCAACUUCGUGCAGCCGACCGCCAUCGCCGUCCUCAAGACACCUUUCAAGGCGCAUCUAUCAUUCGCUCCAGGGAAUCUUGGGCCAAGGACGAUUUGUCACUCCUUUUUUUUUUUUUUUUUAAUCGGAAGAUCUGAUUUUAUAGGCGGCGGCUCCUCCUCCUCCUCCUCCUCUUCGGGCCUAACUUACUCCUCAGGUGGCGGAAACCGGAACCCUUUGGACCCGGAACUGAUCGAAAGAGGGAACGAAGAAGCAUCGGCGGCAGGAGCCCUUUCCCCCACUUUUUUUUUGUCCUCCGCCGCAGGUCACGUGGUCGUAUCACGACCGCUCCUUCUUCCUCUGUUCUCCCCCCCCCCCUCUCUCUGCCUCCCCCCCUCCCCCGCGGCGGAGAGCCCGGUGCGGCUGCAGCGCAGCAUGGCGGACACGACCUCCCAGGUGCUGCUGGGCUCCGGCCUCACGGUGCUCUCGCAGCCGCUCAUGUACGUGAAGGUGCUAGUGCAGGUGGGAUAUGAACCCCUUCCGCCAACUCUGGGAAGAAAUAUUUUUGGUCGGCAAGUCUAUCAACUACCUGGUCUCUUUGCUUAUGCAAAACACAUUGUGAAGAUUGAUGGGAGGGCUGGACUCUUCAAAGGUUUGGCUCCUAGACUCUGGUCAGGAGCCAUUGGCACUGUAGUACACAGUAAAGUUUUACAGCAAUGCCAGAAUGCUGACCAAAGUGAGGAAUUAGGGAAUACUCACAAAGAACCUGGAUCCUCUUUUGAUCAAGUUAUCAAGGAGACCUCUCAAGAGAUGAUUGCACGUUCUGCUGCUACACUAGUCACCCACCCAUUUCAUGUGAUCACCUUGAGGUGUAUGGUGCAGUUCGUUGGCAGAGAGACCAAAUACAGCGGCGUGUUUAGCUCUUUUGUCACCAUAUACCGGGAAGAGGGAAUCUUUGGAUUUUUUGCGGGCCUGAUUCCCCGUCUGCUUGGAGACAUCCUAUCCUUGUGGCUUUGUAAUAUGCUGGCCUACCUCAUCAAUACCUAUGUACUGGAGAAUGGGGUCUCCACCAUGACUGAGAUGAAGGGUUACUCUCAGGCUGUCACUGGAUUCUUCAGCAGUAUGCUGACCUACCCCUUCGUACUUGUUUCAAACCUAAUGGCCAUUAAUAGCUGCGGGCUCGCUGCUGGCCUCCCACCUUAUGCACCAGCGUACACCUCCUGGUUACAUUGCUGGAGCCAGCUGCAUGGGGAGGGCAACAUGAGCCGAGGCAACAGCCUGUUUUUCCGGAAGGUGCCUGCAGGAAAACGAUACGUGUGGGAUGAGAAGAGAUUUCAAUGAGUCUGCAGCCUUUUGUGGCUGCUUCAGAUACACAGAAUGAUGGCAGUGUGUUGAUUUCUAUACAGUUCUUUUUUUAAAAAAAUAAUCAUUUAACCUUGGGAAAUGGACUUGACUGUGAGCAUGACUUAAUGACAAAAGUAAAAGGGGAAAUCCUGUUCCCUCCUCUGAAACAUUGGGGUAAUUGCCAAAAAGCUGCCACACUCGUGUUGGGGUGGGGGAGGAAUGGAGGUUUACUGUUUUGUGAAGGGGGAUAUUUUUUUAACUUUCUCCAGAGAAAACCAUCUAUGUUGGGAAUACUCUUGCCCCUCAUGUUCUUGCUAUGCUACCCCAGGUAUUACUGCAACUUGGUUGCCAAGCCGUGGAAAUAAGCUGCUCCUGGAACAAGAUGGAUUCUGUUUGGCCUUGUGCAUUUUAUUUGCAGCUGCUAGAUCAAGUUGGGGAAUGUGGACCAAUUUUUUUUUUCCUUACCCAGGGAGAAAGUCAUUUCUCAGCCUUCAUUCUUUCAAACAUAUGGUUAAACAUUGCUUUAGUUAAGCCCAAAAGAUGAGUCUCUUUGUCUCUACAGAAGGUUCAGCAUUACCAGGAAGCAACUAGAGCUUGUGUUCUAUCACUGAGCAGAUUCAGAAGUCAUCUUUCGCUGCUUCUGCAAAAUGCUUGAGGGAGCUUUACUCUUGAUGGCCAUUGAAAGCAGAUGCCAUUUUCAAUAGAUCACAGUAUGGAUUAAGAAAUGCUCUUCCAAAGUCAACACAAAUGUUUAAGAAGGAAGAUCUAUUGUUAUGGAGAGAAAGCCACCUAAUUGUUUUUCUCCCACUCUGCCCACAAAUAAUCCCACAUCGGGAUAGCUUUAAUCUAAAUUGAAUUCUGUGCAAUACUUCAAUCGAAAGCUGAGCUUUGAAGCUUUGGGGCAUAAAAGUCUUUCAUCUGGCAUUCUUGUGGAACUUCUAAAUAAAUAACCAUUUUUUUGAAGAUGGCUAUUCUGCCCCAGGAAGGAAGGGGAUGAAGUAAGGUCAUUUGGGUACAAGAGAUUCCAAAAGAGGUGAGGUUACCCUUAUAGUUGUGCCUGGAAAAAAUGCUGUUCAAAAAUGUGAUCAUGAAACUUACUGGCAGUGCAGAAUGUUAUGGGGUUAAUUCAAUAUGCUCUUAAAAUUCUUUUAGAAUUUUAUAAUGCCAAUAAAGCUGUAAGUGUAAAUGGAGGACAUAAUUGAUAUACAUUUGUAAUAUGGUCCUACCAGCUACCUAAUGUGAUAGACCAUAAACUUGGUCCCUUGUC